AUGGAGACUGGCGGGGACGGGGCUCCGUCGCGAGGGCCUCCUCGGGCUUCCGGGGGACCGGCCGCGCCCGCGCUCCCCCCCCCGGGCCUCGACCGGAAGCUCUGCACGCCGGCGGCGCCCGGGGGGGCUUCCUACGCGGGCUGCGUUGCUGGGCACGCCGGCGCCGGCUCCGCGGUGGCGGCAGCAGCGGCCCCCCCGCGGGACCAGGACGGGAGUGCCGGGCCUGCCGGGAGCGCAGCGGAAGACAGAGGCUCCCCCUUGAACCCAGCGCCCAAAGCGGGGGCCAAGCACAGCAGUAUUAUUGUCAGCCCCCGGCAGAGGGGGAACCCCAUUCUGAAGUUUGUCCGCAACGUGCCGUGGGAGUUCGGUGAAGUUGUCCCAGACUACGUGUUAGGCCAGAGCACGUGUGCCCUUUUCUUAAGCCUCCGGUACCACAACCUGAAUCCCAGUUACAUCCAUGAGCGGCUGCGCAACUUGGGGAAGACGUAUCUGCUGCGCGUGCUCCUGCUUCAAGUUGAUGUGAAAGACCCCCACCAGGCAGUCAAGGAGCUGGCCAAGAUCUGCAUCCUUGCUGACUGCACUCUCAUCCUGGCUUGGAGCCCAGAGGAAGCCGGCCGCUACUUGGAGACAUACAAGGCCUAUGAGCAGAAGCCAGCUGAUCUGCUGAAGGAGAAAGUGGAGCAGGACUACCUCUCACGGGUGACCGACUGUCUGACUAGCGUGAAGUCCGUGAACAGAACGGAUGCACUGAGCCUGCUGUCCACGUUUGGAUCACUAGCCAGCAUUGUCCAGGCUUCCAAGGAGGACCUUUCCCUGUGCCCUGGAAUUGGGCCUCAAAAGGCUAAGAGGCUCUUUGACAUCCUUCAUGAACCAUUUCUGAAAGCACCCAAGUGAGGAGGGGCCUCCAAGAGUAGAAGACAAGGGACAAAAGAUGGUGUGCAGACACUCACGUGCAAAUGUUUGUGAGGACUGCCAGCAUCGAAUCACCUUCUUCCCUCAACCCUUCUGGAAGCCGUGCAACACAGCUCUCUCAGAGGAUAAAUGAAGCCUUAUUUUGCUAUGUGAUUCGUCACUUCACAAUACAGGCACGUGGGCAAUAAAACAUCAAGUGGGAAAAAA